AAGGCGGCCGGGGGAAUAAAUCCCUAUCCUGAGGAGUCAGAUUCUUUGGCACCUCCCUCCCUCUCAUUUUAUCCUCCCCAUUCCUUACUUGUUCCUCUAUCCGCCUCUUCCCUACCCACUACCUCCUCUCGCUCUCCCAAGCUUUGGCGGUUGGGGGUCGUUGAACCGGCUGGGCGGGAGCAGCUCGAGCAUUGGAGGAAUCAGCCAGACCACCGGGUACAACAGUUCACCCCCUGAAGCCCUAUAGGGAAGAAAAUCCAUGAAAGAACAACCAAGGCAGCUGACAAUUGAUAGAAAGAAAAUAAAGAUUCCAAGCAGAAGAGCUUACCGAGUCAGGAACCUCCCCAGACCAAGUGGAUAAAUACCCUUUCAGCUAAGAAGAAAAUUAAGUUUCUCAGGAGAACAUACCAUUCUAGUACACAGUCCCUCCAGAAAGCAAGGAAAGUUUACCUCUAUCCCCAUCUGGUCACCAUCUCUGCUUUUAGGCAACCACAGUGUAAGGAAAAACUUGCUCAACAUAUUCUACUUCCUCAGGUUUCCAUCCCCAGAAAGUUAAGUGUUGGAGGAAAGAAAACUACCAACAAACAACCCUUGGAGUGCAGAGGGAAAUAUCCCCCACUAACUGGCCCACCCCUUUUCCUCCAGAGUCCAGAGUUACAGAAAUCAUUUGUUCCCUGGAAUUCCAUCCCUUUCAAGCUAUGUAUGGAGCAGGGAAACCCUACAAAUGCAUUGAGUGUAACAAGAGCUUCCGCUACAGUUCAGUGCUACACCUCCACCAGCGCACACAUGCUGGAGAUUGUUGCUACAGGUGCCUCGAGUGUGGUGAGGGUUUUGCACAGAAUGCAGAGCUCAGGGCCCACCAGCGCACACAUGCUGGUGAGACCCUCUACAUCUGCAAUGAGUGUGGAAAGAGCUUCCACCAGAGUGUCUAUCUAGAUCUGCACCAGAGUACCCAUACUCGAGGCAGACCCUGCAAAUGCCAUGCCUGUGGGAAACGCUUUCCCUAUCGUUCUGCCCUCUACUGUCACCAGCGACAUCACCCUCGUGAAAGGCCUUACCGAUGUCCUGUCUGUGGAAAAAGCUUCCGUCAGAGUGCCUAUGUUUUCCACUAUGAAAGGUCCCAUAGUGGUUCAAGUGCUCUCAUUGCAGAUGGGUUCCCUUCAGGACCGGAGGCCAGUGGAGAUAGGUUUAUUGUUCAUACGAGGCCUAUCCUGUCUGCCCCAUUGCACCUUGAGGAAAAACCCUAUCAGUGUGGUGAGUGUCAUCGAGAUUUCCGAAGUAGCUCAGGGCUGCUGAAACAUCGUCGUGUCCAUGAAGCUGGAAAGCCCUAUAAGUGUAGUCAAUGUGGAAGGAGGUUCGACAAUGGGGAACAGCUCUCUUCACACCAGAAACAAAGCCACAGUCAGAGACCUAGUGGAGCCAAGCUGGAGGGAGCCCACAAGUGCCUCGUGUGUGGCGAAGUUUUUAGGCAGGCAUCAGAGCUCCAGACCCAUCAGGGGAUACAUAGGAUGACCCGAAUGCACCCAUGCAGUGUAUGUGGAAAGAGCUUUAGUAAAAGCUCCACCCUGACACGACACCAGCAGACACACACAGGGGAAAAGCCAUUCAAGUGCCCUGAGUGUGGGAAGUGCUUCACAGAGAGUGCUACCCUAGUACGACAUCACCGAAUUCACACAGGGGAGAAGCCUUAUGCCUGCCCAGACUGUGGGCGGAAGUUCAGCGAAAGUUCCACACUCAUGAGGCACCGGAGAAGCCACAAGGGGGAGAAGCCACACCAAUGUACUACCUGUGGCAAAAGUUUUGGACAACGGUCAGACCUGAUUGUUCACCAAAGGAUUCAUACUGGGGAAAAGCCCUUUCCUUGCCCAGAAUGUGGCCGACGGUUCAGCGAUCGCUCAGACCUCACAAAGCACAAGCGUACCCACACAGGUGAAAAGCCAUACCGGUGUGAAGAGUGUGGCAAGUUCUUCACAUGUGUUUCCAACUUAAAUGUUCACAAGAGGAACCAUGCCGGUGACAAGCCCCACAAGUGCCCAGAGUGUGGCAAGUGUUUCAGUGUUGGCUCCAAAUUGGCACUGCACCGAAAGACUCACCAGGGUGAACGCCCCUCAGAGUGUGCUGAGUGUGGGAAGUGCUUUAGCCAUAGCCGAUCACUAUCACAGCACCAGAGGGCCCAUGCCCGUGCCAGGGCAGCUGCAGGAACCACCACAGGAAAAUAAUCUUUGGAUUUGAAAGGACAAAACAAAAAUAGCCAACAGGAAGGUGAUACCUUUAAUAAGUAAGAAAGUGCACAGAUACCCUGGUACAGAAGAACUACAUCCACAUGUUCUGAAAGAACUGGUAGACAUGCUUCUGAGCCUCUGCCUGUAACCUUUGAAAGAUCGUUGAGAAUUGGAGAAAUAUGCCACAAAUGGUCCUUUGAAGACUUCCAAUAAAGGUAACCUUAGGAAUCCCACUUCACUUUUGGAUAACCCACUUAGGAACUUUUUCUUGCAUCAUUUGCUUCCUUAUAUUAUAAUGAUAUUCCCAAAGCACAGAUCUGACUACAUCACUUUCUUGCUCAAGAAAUGGUUCCCUAUUUCCUCUAGGGCAAAAUACAAACUUAUGGCAUUUAAAGCCCUUCCCAAUCUAGUUCAACCUGUCUUUCCAGACUGAUUUCAUAUUACUUCCUAUUUAACACUCUACUGGGCCUAUUUGCUGCUUCCCAUAUAAGCCAUUCCAUCUCCUGCCUCCAGGCCUUUGCUGACCUAUGCUUCUUGGAAGCUCUCAGCUCAGUAUCACCUCCAACACAAUGCUUUUCCUGAUCCUUCAAGUUUUUAGUACUAUAUACCCCAAAACUACUUUGUAUUAAUUACAUGUAUUUUGUAUUAUCUGCAUUCAUGUUUGUAGAAUUUCUCCCAUUUUCCCAGUAAGC